AAACCUGUCAAUGAAUGCAAUAUGUCAUCUAACGUUUCUAUUAAUUUGUCUGUCCACAUCGUCCCCAAACAUUCGGAGAGCUUCGCUGGAAGUAAAUAAAAGUGUUUUUCUAAACAUCACAAGUUAUGCCGGCUAUUUGUCAGUCAACAGCAAAUCGAGCUUAUUUUUUUGGUACUUCCCCGCUUUGAAAAGUCCAAAAAAAUCACCACUGUUGCUGUGGUUACAAGGAGGACCUGGAAGUUCUUCGUUGAUUGGUCUGUUCUAUGAAAAUGGACCGUUCAGGUUUGAAAAAUCGGGAAAAUUAUCGUUAAGAAAAAACACAUGGGCCACCAGCAACUCCAUAAUAUUCAUAGAUAAUCCGGUGGGAACAGGUUUCAGUUCCGAAUUUAACGAUUAUGCAAAAAGCGAAGAAGAAAUCGCAGAUAAUCUUCAUGAAGCGCUGGUUCAAUUUUAUGAAUUGUUCCCUGAGUUGAGAUCGAAUCAGUUUUUUCUUUGUGGGGAAUCGUUCGCGGGAAAAUAUCUAGUAAAAUUGGGCUACAAAAUUCAUAAAUUUAAUUCUGAAGUGCCGGUAAAAAUUAAUUUGAAAGGAUUGAUUAUCGGAAACGGUUUGUGUGAUCCAGAAACACAAUUUAAAUAUGCCGAAUAUUUAUAUUAUACUGGGUUGUUCGACGAAGAGCAAAGAUUGGCUGGUUUGAAGUUCGAAAAAAGUAUUUCUCAAUAUAUCGAAGAAAAAAAGUACGCUAGAGCUUUUCACGUUUAUCAAGAGUAUAUUGGUGGAGGUCCUUUUAGUAAUGAUUCGUACUUUGCAAAUCAGACGGGAUAUUUUGAUUAUUAUAACAUUUUAAAAAGUAAAAACGAUGAAUUUAUACAUUUCACAAAGCAUCUUGCCAAUUUUCUUAAUCAGAACAAGACACGAGAGGCAUUACGAGUAAAAGGUGGUUUUAUUAUAAGCAAUCACGAAGUCGUAAAGUAUAUUGUUAACGAUUUUAUGAAACCUGUGACAAAUGUAAUGAAUGAAUUAUUAAAAUAUUACAGAAUAUUAAUAUAUAAUGGACAAUUGGACAUUAUUAUUCCCUAUGCUGGAACUUUAAACUAUCUGAAUAAAUUAUAUGACAAUAAUUUCCGAAAAGCUUCCAAGAAAAAGUGGUUUAAAAACAAUCAAUUGGUAGGGUAUGUGAAAUCUGGAAACAAUCUUACGUUCGUGAUGAUCAGAAAAGCUGGACACAUGGUUCCAAUCGAUCAACCGGUAUUUACAUGUGACUUAAUAUAUAGAUUUACCAGAAACUUAAGUAUUAUAUAAAUAAUGUGUUUUAAU